AUGGCCUCCACCAACAGCUGGACCCUCAAGAUCGAGUCUCCGGUAGCCGCAGACCGCCUCUUCCGUGCAGCUGUUCUAGACUGGCACACGCUGGCACCCAAACUCGCACCUCACAUCGUGGCCAGUGCCCACCCAGUUGAGGGAGAAGGCAGCAUUGGCAGCAUCAGACAGUUCAACUUUACCUCAGCCAUGCCCUUCAGUGUCAUGAAGGAGAAGCUCGAGUUCCUCGAUGUUGAGAAGUGCGAGUGCAAGUCCACCCUCAUCGAGGGUGGUGGCAUUGGCACGGCGAUUGAGACAGCUACCUCACACAUCAAGGUGGAGGCAACCGCCAGUGGUGGUAGUGUGGUCAAGGUGGAAUCGACUUACAAGCUGCUGCCGGGCAUGGAAGUGAAGGACGAGAUCACCAAGGCAAAGGACUCUGUCACCAACAUCUUCAAGGGUGCCGAGGCGUACCUCAUCGCUAACCAGGAUGCCUAUAACUAA